GCUUCCUUUUAACUUUUCUGAGAUAUAAACAAUUACACCCCCGCUGUCUCUCUUUGCGCCCUUUUUACUUUUUCUAUUUACCGCAAAGUUAAUAAAACCAUUAACCUCAUAAUUAUAUACAUUAUUUAACCAACUUUCUGUAAACAAUAAGAUGUCAUGUUCUUUAAAUAAUAGUUUCAUCUCAUCAGAGUCAAGUUUGUUAUAGCGUAAGCCUAGCAGUCCCUGACAGUUCAGUAAACAUAUAUUUAUGCCCUUGUUCCCCUCACAUCGAUCCUAGCUUUUCUCGUCCGCUUAAAUUCACCUCCCCCGCUAUCCUCUGUUUUCCGGUUUCCCCGUGUUCUAUUUAUAGAUGUUGAUUCCGUGCGUCCUCGUGCACUAGCAGGUGUUGAUAUACGUGCUCUGUCUGAAGUUUGAUUUCUAUAGUUAUUUGAGUUUAUAUUUGGGGAUUUAUGUCGGUUUCUUCCUCGGGACUGAGAUUUACUAUCUUUAUUUGGACUUUUAUCAGGGACUGAGAAAAGACGAGUGAUGGGUUCCAACAGGAGAUGUGACACACGUGUUUUAUAUAUAAGUAUAGGUGUCGGCUCAUUAACUGCGUUUGUGGUAGGGAUUUUGAUUGGUCGUUUCGCAACAUGCCCUGAUGAAGAACCAGAAGAAAAAACAAGGCUUAUACCUGCAAGUGUUUUCUGAGAAUCUAAUAAAAGAUGGAGAUCCAUUGAUAGAGAACGAAUUAAUGGGUAGCAUCAAUACAAACAAUAUUCGCGAAAAUCUGAGAAUGCUGACAGCGUUACCACACUUGGCGGGGACAGAGCAGAAUCACAAGCUAGCCCGGGAAAUCAAACAGCACUGGGAAAAUGCCGGUCUCGAUCACGUGACAAUGACUCCGUAUCGCGUUCUUUUGUCGUAUCCAAAUAUGAGCGAUCUGAACUACGUAGAGUUAUUAGACGAAAGGAAUCAGACGAAAUAUAAGUCAGACCUGAGAGAACCGGUGUUAACACCAGAAGAAAACGUCACCGGUGUUGUUCCACCAUUUAAUGCAUACUCUGCUCCAGGAGAUAUAUAUGGUGACUUAGUGUAUGUCAAUUACGGAAGAGUUGAAGAUUACGAAUAUCUGGAGAACAAGACCAUCAACAUCAGUGGGAAAAUAGCGUUUGCUAGAUACGGGAAAAUUUUCAGGGGAGAUAAGGUUAUAGACUUUCCUUGUCUCUUACCUUUUGGUUUUGCAUAUAUCACCGCGGUAUUUACCAACAUACAAUGCAAAAAUUUCAUUUGUUUUCAGUUUAGACAGGUAUUUGAAGUAUUUCCCUCACAACAUAUUUUCGUAUUUUUUUUCUUUCCUAUUGUCUUUCUAUCACAUAAUUUUCACAGUACUACCAUGCUUAGCUUUCAUUUAAGUUUAUCAUAA